AUGAGCAUGGCUUUAGUUUCCAAGAAUAAACUUAGCUUUGUUGAUAGCAUGAUCAAUGCACCCGAAGCUAUUGAUCCUCUUUAUCCGGUAUGGAAACGUUGCAACAACAUGGUCCUUUCUUGGAUUCAUCGUUCGAUUGCAUAUUCAAUCAUCAAUUUGAUUAUGUGGAUGAAACGCACUUCAGAUGUCUGGAAUGAUUUGAAGCAGCAUUUUGCUCAAUCUAGUGUUUUUCGAAUUGCUGAGAUCCUUGAAGAUGUAUUUCGUUUACAACAAGGAGAUCGCUCAAUUUCAGAUUAUUUUACUGAACUGAAGUCACUGUGGGAUGAACUGGAAACUCUCCAACCAUUACCGGCAUGCAGAUGUGUUCCUUCAUGUACUUGUGGUGCAAUGGUAGAAGUACGUGCAACAAGAGAGAGGAUCCAAGUCAUACGUCUCUUGAAAGAACUCAAUGAACAAUUCAUCCAAGUUCGUUCGCAGAUAAUGCUCAUGGAGCCAUUACCAGAUCUGAAUAAGGUGUUUGCACUUGUUUCUCAACAAGAACGCCAGAUAAAUUCGAAUUCACAAGUAGAUAUGUUUGCUGAAUCGAAAGUCUUCAUUUCAAAUCGAGCUCCUACUCGAGGCUCUUUUUCACAAAGAAGAAGAGGACGCAAUACAAAACUAUGUACACACUGUGGAAAAGUCAAUCACACAGUGGAUACAUGUUUUGAAAAACAUGGCUAUCCUCCAGGGUAUAAGACAUGA